GUGUUGCACGCACAAACAUCAUUUGCCUAACACAUAGGCAGUUGUGACCAAGCGUCCAACAAACGUUCUUUCGUCAACAAGAUCGUCAGGCGUUCCGGCAACCGACUGAGUCCUUACACCUCUGCCACGCGUACACUGCCUUUGAGCAUACACAGUAGCCCUUUCGAGGUUCAACCGCUGACUCUCCGACAACACCGUUGCCUGCAAGGAAGUCUCCAGCACAGCAGCCAUGCGGCCACAGGACAGCAAGCUUGAGAACUACAGUCGGGUGCACAAGCCCCGUGAUGAGGGCCCCAUUGCGGAGAAUGAGAUCCGCAUUCGUUCGACGGAGCCUCCCCGUGUCUAUGUGUCUCAUGCGCUGAGCCUGUUGACGGAUAAGGGCCACCGGACGAUCGUCAUCAAGGCCAUGGGCAAGGCCAUCAACAAGACGGUGGCUAUCGCCGAGGUUGUGAAGCGGCGUGUGGGCGGGCUGCACCAGCUGACGGCCACCGGCAGCCUGGUGCUCACAGACGACUACGAGCCCAACACGCAGGCGCAGGGGCAGGGGCUCAGCCCCAUACAGGUGUCCCGCAACGUGUCGGUACUGACCAUCACGCUGUCCCUGGACGGACUGGACGCAGCCAACCCCGGCUACCAGCCGCCGCUGCCCGCAGACCAGGUCAAGCCCAAGGCCCAGGCCGCGGCCGCGGCUGAGGGCGAGGAGCUGGUGCUUGAUGAGGUGGAGGUGCAGCUGCUGGAGGAGCGCGGAGCAGGCCGCGGCGGCCGCGGCAGGGGCGGCGGCGGCGGCGGCGGCGCGGGUGGUGCAGGCGGCAGCCGGGCCGCGGGCGGCGAGGCGGGCGGCGCGGGCGGCGAGGGCCGUCGCAGCCGCGGCCGGGGGCGCGGCAGGGGUCGUGGCCGCGGUGGUGCGGACGGCGCCGCGAACGGAGCGGCUGAUGGCGCUGGUGAGGGCGCGGCGGAGGGCGCGGCGGAGGGCGGCCGUGGCAGCCGCAGCGGUGGCGGCAGGCCCCGCCGCCGGGGCCCGGGCCGCGGUCGCGGCGGCGCCGCUGCUGCUGCUGCUGCUGCUGCAGGUGGCGGCGGCGGCGAGGGCGGCGCUGGUGAGGGCGCGGCCGGCGGCGCGCCGGCAGAGGGCGGCCGUGGCGGUCGCGGCGGUCGUGGCCGCGGGAGAGGCCGGGGCCGGGGCGGCCAGGGCACGGGCGAGCGCAACUUUGCUGCUGAGGCGCUGGCUUAAGCAAGGCUAGCGUAGCAACUUUGGGUGCUGUUGGGAAGCCGAAUGCUGUGAUGCGUUGUGGCUUUGCGUUGGACUCGGCGGGUGCUUGAGUGGCCUGGACUCCCCUAAUGUUUUCGGUUUAGUCGUAGGAGGGGUGUGGGAGGUUUUGUGGGAGGAGUGCGGCCACUCGGGAUGCAGUCCGUCGGUGGACGCUGCGGCGGCAGAGGAGUUCAAUGGCCACCGCUGAUCAUUGGUGCGUGCGUGCAGCAGCGCGCACAAUAACAAAUGAGGCCGGGCGGUGGCAUGGCUGUGUUUCCCUUUUGUUCUUAACGGAGAGGUGCAGGUUUGCUGCGCCCGGGACGUCGGAAGUACGGGCGUGUUUGUUAAUCAACAGUUUCUUUUGCGGAUGGAUAGGAAAGGAGAGUGGAGAUGGAAAGCCGACCGGCGGAUGCGUGCCCUUGGUUUUGGCCCUGCUGUCGGCGAGUCUUUGUACGUCGUCGACGUGCGUGUAUGUGUGCAUCUUUGUUUGCAAGUGUGAGUGUGUGCCUGCCAAGGCGUGCGCACGAACCAGUGGAAGUACGGUAGUGCUGCUAUUUGUGUGAUUCCGCCGCUACCAGGGUCGCGCGUGGGAACGAUUUGGUACGGUAAGCUGUGCGAGCGCCGUGUUUGGUGCGCGGUGAAGAUGGUUGUUGUUGAGUAUUUUCUGGCGUUGGGUGAGUUGCUCCCUGGGCGGUCUCUGUGCCACGGACGACAAGAGCGUGUGUUGUAGCGACGGACCAAAUGCCUAAAACAUUAAAAGCGGGCACGGUGCGUGGUGCUCCUGUGCCAAGAGCGUGUGUGAACGCGUGUUGGUUGUAGUGCGUGCGAGUCGUUUGCCCCACUGGCGGCUGGAGCGCGCGCUCUGCCGGCGUCAGUCAACCUAAAUUAAUAAAUGUUUCAUUAGAGAUGGCGAAACGCGGGGCGGUGUUGGAUGAUCCGGAGAUAGGAGUGUGUGCAUGGAGGUAUCUGUAUGACGAGAGCGUUGGGCGUGGGAACCGUGGAAACGCUUUUUCGUUCUGCUUCCCAACGACGUCGUGCUAUUGCCUUCUCCGAUACGCAUUUUAGCAUAGCUUCGUUCAUAGGAAGGGCUGCUGCACGGGCGCGGUGCGGAACGCAUCCUGUGUAUGCGGGGCGGGUAGGCCACGGUAUGCAGGGGCCGUGAGCGCGGAGUGCGGUCGUGCUGUAACCCCGCGGCCUC